AUGAAGCCUUUGAAGUCUAUAGGGGGUGGUCAAAGUGUUGCCUAUGAAGAAGGAGUGAUUUUUGCAUUACCCGGUACAAGUGAAAAGGGAUCAACCGAGGUGGUUGUGGGGAUAAACACUUCUGAUGGUCAUUCUUCAUCUCCACCAUUGUCUCAACACCCAUCAAUUGGAUUAAUGGUUAUCUUUAUUGAAAGUUGGGAAAAAGAUUACUUUGAGCCAAUUUUAUCAGCUUGUAACCCAACGCAUUACCAGUAUCAAUGUAUUGCCAAAUACUCACCCACACUAUCACACAGGAUCAAGAAAAGCUUACUCAAUGCCGAUAAGUCACACAGGGCCAAUAAAAAAGCUACUCAUUGGCUUUACAAUAAGUCGUCGCUCAGUCGUUAUUUGACCACUUCAGCUCAAGCAAUUGAUACCAGCAAAGCAGGAGUCAAAUCGAGAGCGUUGCCCGAAUACAUCGAAACCGUGAUCAACCAUCGUGAUACCGUUGAAUCAACAGUCGAUGAAGUUUAUAACCAUGAUUUGCUCCAUGCUGAACGCUUAACCAAAAAGUUCGAUUUAGGAUUAGUCUCCGAGGGUGGUCAUCCUUCGUAA